AAAAAAAAGACGAAACAUCAAGAUUUAAUAAAUUUUUUAUUAAACGAGAAAAAUUUUUAGUGAUCGUUUUAUUAAUAAAAAAAUGAACCAAAUCGCCAAAGAUCAUUAGAAAAUACCAACCAGCUAACGGGAUACUUCAAACGAUUCAAUUAUUGAAAAAAACAAAUUUGGAGUUGGAUUAAUUGACAUAUUAUUUGUAAAAAGUUUAUUGCGAGAUAAACAAUCUGGGUUAUAAUUUGUGUAAAAGUCAAGCGGGUAAUCUAAAAUAUCACAGCAAAUAUAAAUACGACUGUGGAAUUCGGAACAGUAAAACAAGAAAACAAACAUGGUUAAACUUUUUGCGCUGAGUAUUUUCCACAAGGGAUCUGCAGAGGCACGUCUCUUAAAGGCUGCUUAUGAUUUACAAUCAUUUUCAUUCUUUCAACGCAGCACAGUCCAAGAGUUUAUGACCUUUGCAUCAAAAACCAUUGUUGAGCGCACGCAACCUGCCAUGAGACAGUCAGUUAAGCAAGAGGCAUACAUGUGUCAUGUGUACGUACGGUCUGAUAACUUGGGUGGCGUACUAAUUGCUGAUCACGAAUAUCCGCAACGUGUGGCACAUACACUCAUAACAAAAAUAUUAGACGAAUUUAGUGCGAAAAUUGGGCCAGAGCUUUGGGAAACGUCGUCUGAAUCAACAAUUGAUUUUAAUGUAAUGCCUGCAUAUCUUGCAAAAUAUCAAGAUCCCAAAGAAGCCGAUGCGCUAACUAAAAUGCAAAACGAUUUGGAUGAGACAAAGAUCAUAUUAAAGAACACAAUAGAAGCAGUACUCGAACGCGGCGAAAAGCUCGAUGAUAUGGUGGUCAAAUCAGAGAAUCUUUCAAUGCAAAGUAAAGCAUUUUAUAAGACGGCCAAAAAGACAAAUUCCUGUUGCAAUUUUAGUUAAAUUAUAUAAAAAUGUUUCAAAUACAAAUAAGAACGAAUUUUGCGAGAUAAUAAUUCUAAUUUUUAACGUUAAUUAUUUCCGUUAACAGAUAUUUAGUUAAAUUUUUUGAGUGCUUGCUUUAUUGUUCGAAGAAUUAUUACAUUGAUUAUUACAGCAAGCAUUAAUGAUGAAGGGUUUUUAGAAAGUAUGCAAAGCCAGAGAUUAAAAAGGAAAUCAAAGCAGCAGCAUCAAACCACAAUUCAACCCAUUCCAAUUAUAUUUAUAUAGAUUUCAGUCAAGAUACUUUUUUGAAAUGUUAAGGAAUGAAUAAUCAGACAAACAAUAUAGAGAAAAAUGUUUGAAAGCAUAUACAUAUGUACACUGCAAUAUAUGAGAUUGAUUGCCCCAGAAAUACUGUUACAAUUAAAUGAAACUGAUAAUAUACACAAGCGUUUGUAGUGCAAGCUUUUUUAUGAUAUUUGUGUAUGUAGUUUAUUUGUCUAAACACAAAACUAAUUGGAAUAGAUAUGUAUGUAAGUUUACAAUUUUGAAUAUAUGUAUGUAUAUAAAAUGUGGGUUAACGUAGCGCGAAAUGUUUUUAUGCUAAAACUAUUGUAAACGUUUUUUUUGUGAAGGCAUUUAUUCAAAAGUGAAUAUUAAAAAAAAUUUUCAAGUGUAAAAUAUUUAGGGAAGAGUGGACCAAGAAUGGCAUAAAUAACAACAAUUAUGUCUUUUAUUUGAUGAAAUUGAUUAAUUCUGGAAUGUGUAAUGCAAGUUUCUUAAGAUAUUUUGAAUAAUAUGUACGGGCGGCGCUGAAAAGCGAUGUUAUUUGAGAGAUACACAAUGAAAAAACAAAUUCAGUUGAACUGAACUGCCUACUAUACUAUUAAAUUUUUAUACAUACAUACGUACAUACCUAAAUAUAUAUAUGCAUACAAAUUUUAAAAUAAAAAAAAACAUGUAUUAAAAGUAUAGGUGUUGCUUUGUUAAAAAAUGCAAAUAAAUACCAUUACAUGUAAAUUAUUUGUAUAACCCACUUUGAGUUAGGGAACGUCAACAAAAGUAAGGUAAUUAACUUUAAUUUGUUUAAUAUACAU